AUGGAGUUUAAAAUUACUGAGCUUCCGGACACCAGAAUCCCGGCAGCAUCACUUACACGAGACCAUGUUGCAAAGGAAUUACCGGGUCUUUUGGAUCUUUACGAUCAAUUCCCGCAAAUUAUCUAUACAAAGUCAGACCCUGUUUAUGAGUCAAUAAGCCCUUCUUUUAAUAGAGCUACCACCACCAGACCGCUAGCUGUAGUUCGAGCCUUGGACGAAUCUCAUGUUCAAGCCACCGUCAAAACAGUCCGGGCGGCAAGCUUGCCACUGGCCAUCCGCUCUGGAGGGGCAGAGUUGGAGGGAAGAAAUUUCCGUGGAAUCGACAAGGGAGUUAUGGUUGAUCUGCGCAGCUUGUGCUCUGUAAAAGUAUCGGAAGACAAGAAGUCGGCAGUUAUUGGCGGCGGCACAAUCGCAGGUGAUCUUGCCUGUGCUCUCAGCAAAGAAGGCGCCUUCACACCCGUAGGAUGGCACCCGAGACUUGGAUAUGCUGGAUGGUCAAUGGCCGGAGGAUAUGGCCUUUAUGCUGCUCCGUACGGCCUCGGAGUUGAUCACAUCAUGGGUGUACGUAUUGUUCUUGCUGACGGAUCUGUCGUUGAGGUUGACGAGAAUCACCACCCCGAUCUACUCUGGGCUCUUAGAGGGGCCGGAAACGGCAUAUGGGGAGUUGUGACGCAGUUUACCAUUAAGACAUAUCCGGCGCCAAAACUCUUAGCCGGCAGCGUGAAGUUUCAAAAGAAAGAUUGGCCGGCUGUGCUGGACGAAUGGACUAGCAGCAUUGAGCCCAACCUUCCAGAGGAGCUUACAGGCGACAUAUACUUCAGAAACGAUAUUUUGGAAACGCCGGAAAUGAAUGUUUUAUUUGCAUGGUGCGCCAAGGAAGGCGACGACCUGCAAAAGGGGUGGAAUUAUUUCGAAAAGAUCAAGUCUCUGCCUGGAGCAGAUGUGGUCCGAAUUGGAGAAUCGAAUUUUGCCUCUUUUCUCUUAACCGAGUUAACUAUACAGCCCGGGGCCUUUGAAUCCCGCGGAAUCAUUGCCAAAAGCCUUACCAAGGGCAUAGCUUCAGCUCUGAUGUGCCAGUGGGACGACCCAAAAAUCUACAUGGGGAUGCCCAGCCACGUUGCGCGUGGAAAGGCCAUCCAGCCAAACCCCGGAUCAUGCUUUCAGCUACGCUAUCGCCACAGACUCUUUCCGUCUUACACCCAUCACGUAGAGUUGAGAACAAAAGAGGGAGAGGAGGCUGAGAUUCGUGCGGCUACCAAGGCAGUAGAUGCGAUCAAAGCAACGGGAGAUGCUUAUGAGGGAGCCUCAUAUGGCAAUUUGAUUCACAGCAAGAAUACAGACUGGGAAGUUACUUAUGGCAAGGAAAAUUUGAACAAGCUGAGAGAGCUAAAGAAGAAGUAUGACCCGGACAAUUUCUUUUCUAGGGGAUAUCCGGUUUUGUAG